GAACGCCGCACCGUCGCUUUUCUUUCGUCAUCUUCGUGUGACUGUUUACAGGCAGCGGGGCAUGUUGCUUUAGUGUGAGCUGGGUGUUGUGCAGUUUUCUUGUAACUUUUGUGAAAAUGACCAUGGACAUGACUUUCCUCGGGACCGGCUCGGCCUACCCGUCUCCUCACCGCGGCGCCUCGGCUCUGGUGCUGCGGACAGAGGGGGAGUGCUGGUUGUUUGACUGCGGAGAGGGAACCCAGACCCAGCUGAUGAGGAGCCAGCUCAGAGCCGGUCGAAUCACCAAGGUUUUUAUCUCCCAUUUGCAUGGAGAUCACCUUUUUGGUCUGCCUGGUCUCCUCUGUACUGUGAGCCUCAACUCCAACCCCGACCCCCAGCAGAACCUGAACUGUGUGGACAUCUAUGGGCCUCGGGGCCUCAGGCACUUUCUCAGGGUGACUCUGGGCCUCACGGGGUCACAGCUGCUCUUCCCUUAUGCUGUACACGAGCUGGAGCCCACAUCUGACCAGAGUCCAGAAGAGGGGCAGCUCAGUCUGGAGAUGACAGCAGAGUGUGGUCCUCUGCACCCACAGGAGCGGCCAGGAAGGACAAUCUCCCUGGAUGUCUCCAGUGACUGUUACACCCUCUUUGAAGACAAGAAGUUUGUGGUGAAGGCCUUCAGGUUGUUUCACCGCAUCCCCUCUUUUGGUUUUUGCAUUCAGGAGCAUGAUCGACCUGGAAGACUUAAGACUGAACUACUGAAAGAACUCGGUGUGAAACCAGGUCCGCUCUACGGACGCCUGAAAGCGGGGGAGUCGGUGACUUUGGAGAACGGACAUGUGGUGUCGUCUUGCGAGGUGCUGGAAGAAGCCAUUCCAGGGAGGAAAGUCUGCAUUUUAGGGGACUGCAGCUCAGUGCUCGGGGAGGGACCGCCGAGGUUUUGCAAUGGGGCGGACAUUCUGGUUCACGAGGCCACCCUGGGGAACGAGCACAGAGAAAAAGCAGUGGACCACGGACACAGCACACCUGAGAUGGCAGCGGCGGUGGCUCGGGCCUGCUGUGCACGGAGGCUGGUGCUGUACCAUUUCAGUCAGAGGUACAAACCCUGCUCCCUGCAGAAGGAAGGAGACGAGGACGAUAUCUCAGAGCUCAAGAGACAGGCUGAAGAAGCUCUACAGGACAGUGAUGUAGAAGUGAUUCUGGCUGAGGACUUUCUGACUCUACCUAUUCCUCUCAGAAGACCGAGGUAAUGAAAAACUGAUUUAGCCUAGUUUUUAUAUUGCUGGUAAUAGAUCUGAUUAAAACACAACAGCUGUUUGUUUGUCAAUUAUUUAUCUUAUUUUAUUAUCAUAAUUGUUAACUACUUUUGGCAGUUGUUAACUUGUUAGCCAUUACAAACGUACCUGUUUUACCAUCUUGUGAUUUGGAAAGUACGUAUACUGCUAAUAUUAGCUUUUCUCCCUUUUUUUAAGAUGCACUUUAUCCAGUUGAACGUCUGUUGUCACUGAAUUAGUCGAACAUUACAAGUGUAUUGCCAAAAGAUUAAGAUGAGGAUUCACUUUUCUGGAGCUUUUGAUCACAUCAUACUGUCUUCAUCAGCAGAUGUACUGUAAAGCUCAAGUUUUAAGCUAACAUGGAUGAGAACUCCUAAAAGUGCUCAGAAAAAAAUGGAAAGUUUGAACAUCUACACUUCCAUGGUGACUGAGAAAACGGUCAAAAGCUCCAGAAAAAGCAAGUGCGCUUUGAGUCGAGAUUAUUUUGUCAAAUGCUGUUUACAGUGGUCUAGAAUGAACAGUCAAGCUGAACGCCAAGUGAAGCAGGCUUGAAUAAUCAUCCCACAAUGCAGUAAUUGGUGAUUCUCCAAAUGAGGCCCCAAAACAGAAUUUGGACCAAAUUUUUAGUCUUAUUAAUUCAAAAGAAAUUUCAGUCUUAAUGGUGGUUUCUUCCACUUUAUGUCAAUCAUUUACUAAAUACUACAAACAAAAAUGAAUAUGAAUGAAUUAGAAGAUUUUAAAGAAGAAGAUUUUUGCUGUGUGAUGACGAGUAAAGAACAUGCGAUCAUCUCCGAACCUUUUCCAGAGCUUUAUUUCUGGAUCUGUACACAAGGUAUUAAAGUACAACAGAAAAUACAAAAUAAUGUUUAACAAAAGGAAAAAAAAAACAACUCAAUGUUUAUGUACAAUUCUUAUAAACAAUAAAGAUAGCUUCUUGAACA